GUAUUAUUAAGCCAAGGUUUGGCUGUGCCCCAAUUUCCAGCUGAUAAACCAACCCAACCCAACCCAACUGAACCCAGCCCCAAACCUACUUACAUAGCACCCACCACCCUGUUGACCGCUUCCUUACCUACUCUUUGCAACAAAAGAGAAAAAAAAAACCAACCCUCUCCUUACCCCCCAAUAGCGACACAUUAUCAUAAAUAACGCAAUGGGUUCGAAAGCAGUCUAUCUACUCGGUGGUCCCAGCAAGGGCACUCGAAUGCGUCCCUUGACGCUCGAUAUCCCUAAGCCGCUAUUCCCACUCGCCGGCAGAGCGAUCAUCUGGCAUGGCAUCCAGGCGCUCUCCAAGAUCCCCGAUCUCAAGGAAAUCCUCCUCAUCGGAUUCUACGAGGACUCGGUAUUGGCCCCGUUCAUCAAGCAAGCCUGCAGGGAUUUCCCAUCCCUCCAAAUCAAAUACAUGCGUGAAUACGAAGCCUUAGGUACGGCAGGAGGGUUGUAUCACUUCCGAGAUGCGAUCCUAAAAGGCUCGCCAGAACAGAUCUAUGUUCUACACUCCGACAUAGCCUCCUCGUUCCCCUUCCUCGAGCUCAAACACUUCCAUGACAAGCAUCGAGGCGUCGGUACCCUCAUGGCCGUCCGGGUCUCCAAGGAACUCUCGACCAAGUUCGGAUGCAUCGUCACCAACCCCGAGACCUCCCAGGCGCUCCAUUACGUCGAGAAACCCGAGUCGUUCCUCUCUAAUAUCAUCAACACUGGCGUCUAUCUCUUCGAUAAAUCGAUCUUUGAUGAGAUCAAGGCCGCCAUGGAUCUCAAGGUCAAACAGACCGCUGAUGACCCCUUAUCUCGUCAAGAUGACCAAUUACGACUCGAACAGGACGUCAUCUCACCACUAGCAGACCGUGGUAAACUAUACGUCUAUGAGACCAAGUCGCUUUGGAAACAGAUCAAGACAGCCGGGUCUGCCUUACCGGCGAAUGCGCUAGUUCUGGAAUCCUACAAGUCCAACAACCCGGUCCUUCUACGCCGACGAUCGCCGACGAUCAUUGCCAAGACCCCGCCCCCAAACCUACUAGGACCAGAGAUUGUGGAGCCAUGUUAUAUCGACGAGACGGCGGUGAUCGACCCCUCCGCGAAGAUCGGCCCUAACGUCUCCAUCGGCGCUAAUGUUAGGAUCGGCUUUGGGGUCCGAGUUAAGGACUCGAUUGUUCUCGAUAACAGUCUCCUCGAACAAAACAGCUGCGUAAUGCAUUCGAUCCUUAGUGAGGAUACUAAGAUCGGUCCCUGGGCCCGAGUCGAAGGUUGCCCCAACACCAGCGACGCCAAUCCGCUCAAAUUCACCAUCUCAGUCUUGGCUAAAGACGUCGAAGUCAAGAGCGAGGUUCAUGUCAGAAGUUGUAUCGUCUUGCCUCAUAAGACUUUGACUCGAUCGUUCGCCAAUGAGGUCUUAUUAUGAUCCAUUCUUACUUGCUCUGGAUCAUCAUCAGCCCUAUAGGGUCAUCUCAUGAUGAAUCACCAUAAAAAUCAUAUCUUCUUGGCUCUUUGUUCAAGAACAUCUGAUUAUAAAUAAAAAGACAUGUGGGUUGGUGUUAUGGUUCGAAAUGUCUUCCUUUUUCUUUCUUUCAGUCUUACUUUUUUUUAAGCAGAGCUGCAAGAGAGAGGCGCACAAGCAAUGGGGGAUAACAAGGGAGAAGGACAAUUUCCUCUUGAUUUUCUGAUCUUUACUUGAAAAACAAAAAUGUUCUCCUUCAUUUCUAUUUUUAUCUUUUGAUCCCUUUUCUUAAUCAAAAGAAUUCAACAUGAACAAUAUCCUCUUCUUUCUUUCUUUCUUCCUCCUAUCUCCCUUCCUUCCUUAUAUUUUUUUUGCGUAUAUUCUUUAAGAAAAAGUAAUGUAGAAAACAAACACUUCAACAACCAAAA